AGGUCUGUUUUAAGAAACAAAAUAACGAUGACUAAAAUGAUUCUCUUCAUGAGAGCUAAUUUCUUUCUUAUCUAUUUCCUCGUUUUCAUAAGAUCUGAAGCAAGAACUUUGCUAGAAAAGCAACAUGAGCAGAAGGUGGUAAAAUCUGGUUAUGGAAGGCCAGCUCCACUACCUCCACCUCCAUCCCGAGAAUCAGCUUCACCAAGUAACCAAGAAAGACUUGGACGACGCGCUCAUCUUCCACCUCCUGCACCCAAACAUGAUCCGAAAAUCGAUCAAGUCACAAGCCGCAGGCAUGGUAGAGAAAGCAGUGAGCUCUUAGUUACAAUUACAAGCAAUGUUAUUAGUGAUAAUGAGCUGCUAAUUUUGCUUCCGAGCACUUCAUCAGACAACCAAGAAAGAUUUGGGAAGCACGGUCAUAUACCACCACCAGCACCAAAGCCAGCUGAUGAGCAGGGACAGAUAAUUGUCACUUCCUCUAAUUGUCAAGAUCACGAUCACAUGAAUAGUAACAACUACGGAAGAGAGGAAAGAAUGGUAUCACCUCCAACUCCAAAGCCAGCUGAUGAGGAGGGUCAAAUUGUUAUCACCUCCUCUACUACUACUAAUGAUGAUCACAUGGAUAGUAACUAUAUUGGAAGAGAGGAACGAACACUAACACCUCCCUCACCCCACCAUGAUGCACCCAUCGGUCAACUCACAAGCAGAUAUGGCGGCCAAGGACUUAAACCUUACAAAUCUCUAAUUUCUUCGUUACCUCUUCAGGCUUCCUAUUAAUUAGGCUUCUAUAGCUCUACAACCCAACUUUAUAUUAAGUGGCCCUACUAAGUAGUAGUAGUAUACUAUUUGGUUUGUACUUCUUAAUAUAACCUGCUUUUAGUUCAGCGCUCUCUCUAUAUAUAUAUUGUCAAAUAUGAUGAUGCACUAAUAGCGUGAGUUAUCUAGCUAUAUAGGCUUGUCAGUUAAUGUAACUUAGUUUUAUUCUAUAUAUCCUGCAGGCUGCGUGCAUGCUUUAUAUAUAGUCAGUCUUGUGUAAUAUAACUAUGUACUUAGUAAAUGAAUUUGAUGAGUGAUGGUUUCAGGGCAUUUGUUAUCAA